UACCAAUUAUGAGUAAAAACCAAUCAAAAUGUUUUUAUCUUCCCUUCUUGAAGAAAUUCUUUUGCAAAUUAAAUUUUUGCUCUCAAAAGCAGUGUUAAAUUAUGUAGGGUGUCAUUUAGCAAAAAUAGUUUUAGUAAAUUUAAAAAACGUAAAAGUUAUAAAUUAAGUUCCAGGAAGCUUUUAAAGAAAAAUCGAAAAAAUGGAUUUCGGCACGACAGUUAAUUCAGAUUAUCAAUGGCCAUUUCCUAAACCUAUUGUUGGAAAACCAUGUCAGCCGCCUGAACCCAACGCGGCCCCGACCAUUAGACCUGCGCCCGUCGCUCCCUACUGCCACUGCGACGCGCAUUCCUACUCACCACGAGUAGAGCAGUAUAAACAAUUACUAGAAAAGGAGCAAAAGCUAUGUCACGACUAUGAACAGCUAAGGAAACAGAUGGUGGAUGUGACGAAUGACAUCCUGGAUCAUCCUUGUGACGACCUGGACAGCAAAAUGAUGACGAUGUACCAGGCAACGUUCAAGAAAAGAUCAUUCCCGACCACCGACUAUAAGCAAAUUAUAGCUGCUUCUCAGUCCACCGCGCCAAUCCCAAUGGAGAGCAAUCGUCUUGGAGUAUUACGUUGCUACAAGGAUCCCACCCACUUCACUGAGAACCCACCCACAGUGCGCCCGACAAUUAAUCCACCAAGCGUAGUACAUACUGGCGUCGCCCCCAAAUCUCUGCAAACCUGGUUCACAGACUUUCCUGGGAAAACUGAGUAUAUGGACACUUACAGCAAGACUGCUAAAGCGUCUUGGAGGUCUAUGCAGAGGUAUAAAGAACCUCUGCCGUCUACGAGGCGGAGGGCCGACGAUCCUUGUAUCUAGACAGAGUUGCCUAACAAUUUGUAGUCAAUAAAUAUUGGGGAAGAUGAAGCCUG